AUGGCAGACAGUGGGUGGCAGACAGUAGGUGGCAGACAGCGGGUGGCAGACAGCGGGUGGCAGACAGCAGGUGGCAGACAGCAGGUGGCAGACAGCGGGUGGCAGACAGCGGGUGGCAGACAGCAGGUGGCAGACAGCGGGUGGCAGACAGUGGGUGGCAGACAGCAGGUGGCAGACAGUGGGUGGCAGACAGCGGGUGGCAGACAGCGGGUGGCAGACAGCAGGUGGCAGACAGCAGGUGGCAGACAGCGGGUGGCAGACAGCGGGUGGCAGACAGCGGGUGGCAGACAGUGGGUGGCAGACAGCGGGUGGCAGACAGUGGGUGGCAGACAGCGGGUGGCAGACAGUGGGUGGCAGACAGCGGGUGGCAGACAGCGGGUGGCAGACAGUGGGUGGCAGACAGCGGGUGGCAGACAGCGGGUGGCAGACAGCAGGUGGCAGACAGCAGGUGGCAGACAGCGGGUGGCAGACAGUGGGUGGCAGACAGCGGGUGGCAGACAGUGGGUGGCAGACAGCGAGUGGCAGACAGUGGGUGGCAGACAGCGGGUGGCAGACAGCGGGUGGCAGACAGCGGGUGGCAGACAGCGGGUGGCAGUUUCUACCUCAGGAAAACAGAAAUGA